AUGGAAACACAAGACAAAAGUGAAACGCAAGACGAAAGUGAAACUCAAGACGAACUAGAAAUGAUAGAUGAAAGGGAUGAAAUGAAUAAAAGAGAAAGCAUAAUAAAAACAGAGGAUGAACGAAUUGAAAGGGAUGAAAGUGAAAGUAUAAUAGAAAGUGACUUUGAAGAUAGUGAUGACAGUGAUAGUAUUAGCAUCAAUGACAAUUUGAAUGAGAGCGAAAUGUAUGAAAGAAAUAAUAAUGAUAAUAAUUACUCGAAUGAAGAAGAUCCGAUGGUUGAUGCUUCAAUAUAUACAAACCAGGUGUCAAGUACAAACGAAGAUAUUUCUAUGAUUUCUCAUUAUCAUCAUAUUACAAAUGUUCAAUUUGAUGAUAUUUUUACAGCAGCGAUGCUUACACAACGAGAUGAAAUUUCAAAAAAAUAUGGUUUGCGAAAUUCACUUCCGAUACUUGACCAGCUUCAACGUGAACGUCAUCUUCAAUCAUCCCAAGAUACUUACCACCUAAUAGCUAGAAAAACAUUAAAACUUCUUAAAUUAACUAUUUCCAUACUAUCACCAGAUGGUGAACAAAAAUUUUUUAAGGCUUGGAAAUUAUUUGAAUACUCUAAUCACUGGUCUAAGCUUCCAAAUCCUAUUAGUCAUAUUGAAAGCUUCACAAUGUCAGAAUGUCUUCGGCUAGGAAUGAUAAUGCCAUUUAUACUUAACAGGGUCUUAAUCACUAGUUGUUUUAAAUUAGCUGAAUUAGCAAAAUUACAGGAACGUGCAGGCCUAUAUCGCAAUCAGUUAUUUUUAGAGUUUGUGGGCCUUCCUAAUCUUCAUGCUUCUUAUCGUUUACCUCAGUAUGCAAGAACUUUUGGAACUCUUAUAAAUACAGAGCCGGUAGCUGCACAUAAAUUAAUGAUCAGAACUGAUAUACCUACUUUUCGAUUCGACUUGGCUCUUGCUUACCAAAGUUUUGGAUUCAAUACAUCCCUGAUUCACGAAUCAUAUAAAUUUUAUGAAAGUGCAUCUUAUAUACAAAAUAAGGGUUAUGCUAAAAUUAAGUGUCAUUUAAAUAAGAACAAUGUGGCAGCAAUCCGAACGAAUGAUUAUGAAGACUAUGUGAUAGUUAAAACCAUUUUCAAGCACAAAGGCAACAAUGAUUAUUAUUUUCCAUUUAUUUAUGUUAAUUGGUUUGAAGAUAUGCAUAGAAAAUAUGAAAAAGUCAAUUGCCCAAUAUUCACUCUUCAUCACAAUAAUUCUUGUCAGAAAAUUUUUCUUUUAACAGCUGUAAGCAAAGUUCGAAAAACACAUUUUAUACAUGACUAUAAUGCAAGAUGUCAAGAUAAUA